AGCGGUCACAACAUGUCACAGAUGCUGCUAUUAGGACUUCAAUCACUGCUUAUACAAUUUAGCGUUUAUGGAAGAGCUCAGGCUUUUCCUUGUGGUGAAAUCUGCGAGUGUUCAGAUGAACAACCAUUUGUAGCAAACUGCAGUGAAAGAAAUCUACUUUUUCUGCCACAAGGACUACCGGAAUCAACUGCGUACUUGUGAGUUGAUAGUUUAAUUUUUGUAAUUUAGCUUUAGUCCAUAAUAGUCAAAGCGAUGUAUCAUUCAGACGAAACAAAAGUUCUGUACAGCAAGCGGCUCACCCCUUUCUCUGUUAAGUAAAUCGUCAGCAACUUCGCUGAAAUAUGCUCCAAAUGUAAGGGUAAGGAAUUUAAAGAUUUUCCUCCUGCAAAGUCAAAGGUUAAAGGAAAACUAUAUAGUGUAAGAUUUUAGCUGGUUUUUAAAUGACGGGAUUGAUUCUUUUUAGAAUGAGCAAUAUCACAAUAGAUUCCCUCAAACAAAAAUAAGAGACAUUUUGUUUAACAAUUUAGAACUAUCAUCGAUUGAGAUUUCAAGAGUGAACGAUUGCAUUUAAAUGUUUUUUGCGUGAUAUAUUUGUUGUUGAUUCAGCUGUCUGAGUAUCAUUCCACACACUUGUCUAUUAAUCCAAACAAGGCCGGGUUUUCGAGACAUGAUGAUAUUCCUAACAACACGUGAUCAGGAGUGCCGGGCAAGGCGAACCACUUGUACUAAAACCCGGAACUGACCGAAAUAUGCCUGAAACACCUAAAAAGACGUAAAAGGAAUUAAACUCAUCCACAGAUCAAUGUUCUGUUUGUUUUUGUUUGUCGUUUCUUGUUUAUGUUACGUAUUGUAUUUCCAGGUUUUUAAGGCGUUUCAGGGUGUAUUAGUGUUUCGGGUUUAACAUGGAAUAACAAAGUUCCUACUAACAUCGAAAGAAACAAUCAAAAUCGAUUGGAUGUUUAUGUCUUCUUGCGAGUUAAUUCUCGCGACCUGCUAAUGAAACUAUGAUAAAUGAAGAAAUAAAUUGAAAUAAAAACAGUUGAAUAAAUUAUAAAGUAAUAAACCUAAAUGUUACUAUGUUUUCUAAUUUCUACAGCUCCAUUAACUUUCCGGAUUCGUUUUGUUUUUUCUAGAGAUCUCUCAGGCAACGCCAUUUCAACUUUGAUACCCGAACAAGUCAAGCGUCUUCCAAGCAAACUGCUUAUUUUGUGAGUUGUACUUGUCUAUUGGUGGUUCCCAUGAUCAAACCUUAAGAACAUCAACGGACGGAACUGGCUAGUUUAAAGCAUUUCUUUCCUUUAUAGGAGAUUUAACCUAAAGCAUUGCAUUCUUAUUAUAAGAUUUAACCCAUUUUUUUAGCCACUCUUCGAGCCCAGGAAAAAUCAAGGCAGAGCUCUACUGAGACAGUAAACAGAAUGCAAAGUAGAUAGACGCUUACUAAAAGUGUUUGCUUAUAUAGAGGUCAGACAACAAUAAUGGAAAACUUUCGAAUCUUGUUGUUUGGCGAUAAUUUUACAUUAAUAAUAACAUUCCAAUUCAACUUUAGGGUGUUUAACUCCAGCUUAACCCGGUAGUCGGAGUCAAAUCGCUUUUAUCAAAGGUCACCUCUGUAAGACGAACACCUCGCUUAAACGGAAAAACAUUGUUAGAGUUUGUCCCAUCUUUUUGUCGAUUGUAGUCUAAAGGCGUUACCGUGAUUGUUUUCUUUUAGGGCGCUGUCUAAUAAAACCUUGACUGACCUUCUCUGAGUAGACUAUGACAAUGUCCAAUCAGAUUUUACAUUAGCUGUAUAUUUAAAACCGCUCUUUAUAUGUGCUAAUCAAUAGCAAGAGAAUAAGUGAAGUAAGUAAGGAUCCAGCUUUUGUUUGAACUUGCAGUUUAGACGGGUCCGGUUAUCAUCAAACCAGUAUUUUCGGUCACCGUUUUUGACAGCCGUGCAUUGACCCGUUACACCUAAAGCUCAUUAGAGAGUUAAAAAAUCAGGCAGAGACGAUUGAGCAGUUGCCUCCUUUUAGCCGUUAAUAAAGAUUGAGUUUGUCGUAAACAUAACUCUAAGCUCUCUUCUUUACUUCACCUUUAGACCUUGCGGCUUUUUUUCUCUCGAUCCCUCAUUGUUUCUUUGUCUUUGUUUUCCCUUAAUUGAUUAUUAUCAUUAUUUUUAUACUUAUUCACUGCUUAUUGUUACUCUGCCUACUUCGCCGCUCAAUUAAUAUUUGGUGUUUUUAUUGGUUCUUCAGUGCUAAGAUGAUCGUUCACCAGAGGUGAAAAAAUGACAAAGCACCACCCAUAAAAGUUACCUCCGUCGAUUAUGAGAGAUUUGAAAAAAAUUUCCUGGACGUCCCCUAUAACCUGAGAUAGGUCUCUAUUUUCAUUUAGCUUAAUAAAUAAAAUUCUCACGGGAAAGGCGAAACGACCACGUAAGAGAGAAUGUAUGGAAGCUGGUAAAAUUACGUCCUCUAGUAUUUUAAAUUGCACCGGUAUAGUUUGAGUAGGGUCUGAAAGUUUCAAAAUUUGUCUAAUAUCCUGAAAAUUUACUUUUUUAUCUUAGAGAUUUGUCUGCUAAUCCCUUGAAAUGUGAUGACCAUAGCCUCAAGACUCUAAAGAAUACAAUAACCUUAAAGUCCAGCUGCCAAGACUCUAAUUUUGUGGAGACUGAUGGUAUACAUUUUUUACGGACUAGAGGUUAGCCGAGUAUUAAAUAUUGUUAAAGCUCAAAAUAAACCAUUGAAAUUUGACGGCAUCCAUAAAGUUCACCUACAAAUUGAGUGAUAUAUUACUCCCUGAAAAGGGACAUCUUCCUUCAGUCUUAAUAAUAUAUAUAGACUUAACAGUUUAAAUGUAACUUGCAUCACCAUUAUUUACAUUAACUCAAAUUAGUUAUCACUUGAAAACAUGCUUUUCUGACUUUUUCAGAAAAAAGAUCAUUACAUCGUUCAAGAAGAACUGUAACAGGUAGGUCUUAUCUUGAUUAUUCUUUUCCGUCCUCGUACUGUGUUUCUCAACUAUGCCUCAAGUUUCUAGUAAUGCGAAGUUAAAAAUAUAUAUGUUCGAUAGUCGAUGUCUGUCCCCAACUCACCUGUACCUUCCCUAAAAAUAUUAUUGUAAAUGGUUGCAUUGAAAAAAUUGCUAAUGGAACGUUGGGUGCCCUUCAAAGCUUGGCCGGAGAAUUGCCGGCCCAGGAAAAUUUAUUUCAUGGUCAAGUUAUUCGACCACUUAAGUGAUAAAUGUUGUUGAGGAAUUCUUCUUACGUUUCCAACCCAUCAUUUAACACAGAAUGCCAGAAAGGAUCACCAAACUGCAUGAAGCACAUUUGUGGAGGGAUCGAAUAUUGGUUGAUAUACGCCACCUACUGGGGUUGCUGUAACGGAAGUAUCCACGACUUACGCCAGACACACUGCAGUGUAAAUCAAGGAGUACAGCCGUGUAAAAGUCCCCAUGCCGGGUCAUUUGAAUGCCAAAAUGGUCGCUGCAUUCCAGAACCAUGGCUGUGCAACAAUGCUAAUGACUGCCAAGACGGAAGUGAUGAAGCUGGCUGCGAGGAGUGCAACGGAACGCAAUUCUUCCGCUGCUGGAAUAAAAGAUGUGUUCCACAGUCGGUUGUUUGCGAUGCGUACAACGACUGCGGCGACGGUAGCGAUGAAACAUUUUGCCGCACGUUAGAUGGAGGGUGGUGUAAGACGCAGGAAUUCCGUUGUGCCACAGAUGUUUGUGUUCCCAUCAGAAAUGUUUGUGAUGGUAAAGCUGACUGCGCCGAUUACUCAGACGAAAUUGGAUGCAUGGAAGGUAUGAUAAGCAGGAGAAAAUUCUUUGUUUCAUUUGUCCAGUGGCUAUAGUCUUAGAAAUAUGUUUCGGAGAUAAGAGAACACUUGCGUCUGAAGGGUCCGCGAUAUGGGUGGACCUCUCUCAUCCGCAGAUUCCUCUUUGAGUCGAAGGCGUUUGAGGAAGGGGAACAAUAAUGCCCGCGGAGGAUGCCUUUUCCCUCCUCCCAUCGUCUACCGCUCGCUUUCUUGUUUUUAAUCAUACCUAUUGUUUUGGAAUAACCUGAGGACCCUCUGCGGAGGAGAAGAUAUGUGGACCGGUUUUGCAAGGGACAGGGUUCCUUUCUAAAGGCAAAGAGUAAUUUGAUCAAUGGGGAAUGAGCUUUCUAAGACUUAGCUUUUGAUAGAUUUACUUACCGCAGUCCCUUAUACCCGCAGUCUGUGAACCGGGAUGGACGAAAUACAUGUCAUCGUGCUAUAAGUACUUCAACAGCCAACGAAGAUGGACUGAUGCAAGAGGCCUUUGUAAGAACCUUACUGCUGAUCUUGCUAAGAUCACCAGUCGUGAUUUACACGAUUUUGUCUUCCAUCUUGGUAGUCAUCAGCCGUUUGACACUUGGAUCGGUUUGCGCCAGCAAUCAACAAUAAGCUUUAUUUGGACAGACGGUGCCUCUGUUGGCCAAUUCACUUUUUGGUCUGACGGAGAACCUGCGUCAGGAAAUGACGUUUGCGCCAAAAUGGGUCGUAACGAUGCUCUUGGACGAUGGAGGACAGGUGAAUGUACCAUUGCACACAACUCAUAUGUGUGCGAAAAAGGUUUGUUCUAAAUCAAGUCAGCAUUUUAGUCGCCCAGCUGGGACGAAAGAUCAAACCCUUUGACUUCUAAUAUACGUUCUUGAGAGAACAUAAUCCCUAUAGAACCUAAGAACAUUGUUUUUCAAAGGUUUCUCUUGGUUCAUUGAAUUUACAUAUUAUAAUUGCUUUGCAGCUGGAGUUUGCGAUUAUUUACCGACGGGAACUAAUUGCAGUGGCACCUUUGGUAAGUUUUAACAUUUCACUCUGGCUCCAUGUAGAACUAAGAGAAUGCAUAACCAUACAGUGACCGUUCCAUAACUAUCCGAGUGUUGCGAGUUCACAUUCAUCUUCUAUAAACUUCUAUUUAGGCAAAGAAGGAGGAAAGAGAUUUUAACACCAAAUACCAGCGGUAACCUGAUUUAAUCAAGGUUGCUUGGGGCUUUGGGCUUUACGCACUGGAAAGCUAUUGUUUCGCGUUCACUUACGGCAAGGCAUGACAGGGCCCGUUCCGUAUGCCCAAUGCUCAAUUGCCAAUGACCAAGUGCUAAAGCAGCCUUUAUUGAAUUAGGUAUACACAAUAGCUACUGAGCUGUUUAGCUGUUGGGCCAUCUCUGCAAAUAUCAUGUUGCGUCUUGUCAGAGUCAUGGAUAGCUUCUUUCCUAUAUUCCUUUCACAACCAGCCAGAGAAUGAAUUACUUUGUCUUUGAAAAUUUGUCUUUUUUUAUCCAAAGAAAAGCCUCUCUCAUCCGCAGAUCCCUCUUUGAGUCGAAGGGCGUUUGAGGAAGGGAAACAAUAAUGCGCGCGGAGGAUGCCUUUCCCCUCUUCCCAUCGUCUACCGCCCGCUUUCUUGUUUUUAAUCAUACUUAUUGUUUUGGAAUAACCUGAGGACCCUCUGCGGAGGAGAAGAUAUGUGGACCGGAUUUGCAAGGGACAGGGUUCCUUUCUAAAGGCAAAGAGUAAUUUGAUCAAUGGGGAAUGAGCUUUCUAAGACUUAGCUUUUGAUAGAUUUACUUACCGCAGUCCCUUAUACCCGCAGUCUGUGAACCUGGAUGGGACAAAUACAUGUCAUCGUGCUAUAAGUACUUCAACAGCCAACGAAGAUGGACUGAUGCAAGAGGCCUUUGUAAGAGCCUUACUGCUGAUCUUGCUAAGAUCACCAGUCGUGAUGUACACGAUUUUGUCUUCCAUCUUGGUCGUCAUCAGCCGUUUGACACUUGGAUCGGUUUGCGCCAGCAAUCAACAGUAAGCUUAGUUUGGACAGACGGUGCCUCUGUUGGCCAAUUCACUUUUUGGUCCGACGGAGAACCUGCGUCAGGAAAUGACGUUUGCGCCAAAAUGGGUCGUAACGAUACUCAUGGACGAUGGAGGACUGGCGAAUGUACCAUUGCACACAACUCAUAUGUGUGCGAAAAAGGUUUGUUCUAAAUCAAGUCAGCAUUUUAGUCGCCCAGCUGGGACGAAAGAUUAAACCCUUUGACUUCUAAUAUACGUUCGUUAGAGAGCAUAAUCCCUAUAACACCUAAGAACAUUUUUUUCAAAGGUUUCUCUCGGUUCGUUGAAUUUACAUAUUAUGAUUGCUUUGCAGCUGGAAUUUGCGGUUAUUUACCGACGGGAAGUAAUUCACCUGGUAAUUGCAGUGGCACCUUUGGUAAGUUUUAACAUUUCACUCUGGUUCCAUGUAGAACUAAGAGAAAGCAUAACCAUAAAGUGACCGUUCCAUAACUAUCCGAGUGUUGCGAGUUCACAUUCAUCUUCUAUAAACUUCUAUUUAGGCAAAGAAGGAGGAAAGAGAAUUUAACAUCAAAUAACAGAUAACCUGAUUUAAUCAGGGUUGCUUGGGGCAUUGGGCGCACUGGAAGGCUAUUGUUUCGCAUUCACUCAAGCAAGGCAUGACAGGGCCAGUUCCGUAUGCCCAAUGCUCAAUUGCCAAUGACUAAGUGCUAAAGCAGCCUUUAUUGAAUUAGGUAUACCCAAUAGCUUCUGAGCUGUUAAACUGUUGGGCCAUCUCUGCAAAUAUCAUGUUGCGUCUUGUCAGGGUCAUGGAUAGCUUCUUUCCUAUAUUCCUUUCACAACCAGCCAGAGAAUGAAUUACUUUGACUUUGAAAAUUUGUCUUUUUUUAUCCAAAGAAAAGCCAAGGAUGUUCUUAGUCCCAAACGAAGAGAUCUCAUCAGUCAGCUACGGUUAUGAGGUCAAUGUGAGGUGCACAGCGUCUGGGUUUCCUCGCCCCACAAUCACGUUGCUUGUCAACCAACUCAGUCCUUAUACAGUGGAGGGAACUCAUUUAUUCAUGUCACCUUAUGAAGCUAACAUGACAUUUGUUGUCAAAAUGACGUCUGAUGUAGAAUGUCACGUCACCAAUAGGUUGGAAAGCAGCUUUUUACGAAUAAGAAUCAACUUGAAAGGUUUGUUUUUAACUGCGUGCAGUGACUGCAUUACAUUAUCUUUUUUUUUUUUUGGCGAUAAAGCCAAAGUAGGAAAAACAAGAAACACAAUAACGUUCCACUCACGCGAUGUUUGAUUACAAGCUAUUUGCGAAGUCUUCUACAUUCUAGUCUCAAUCGUGUUCUGACGGAAGCUAAUAGUUGGCCACUGGCCUAUCUGCAUAGCCGAAUUCCCAUUCUUUCUUUCAAAAUAAAAAAAGAUGACAGAUAAUGAAACAAAUGAUUCAUAUGAGACAAACAAGGUUAAGAAUCCCAAUAGGAAGGAGAAGAAUCAGUUGGUUAUUUAAUCAGGAUGGUUGAGGAUUUGAUCUCGGGACUAUCCAGCUAACGGUCAUGGCAGGACUUCAAGCCCAGAGCUUCAAGCUCGCAGCCACGCUGCUACCCUUACUAUUUGAAGAGACAGUUUUAUAGCGUUUAUUUUUCGUCAUUUGCAGACGAUGACGUAGCUUACAUUAAAGCAGUAUUAAGACUUACUGAUAAACAGUUUACACCCGAGCUCAAUGAUCCGUCAUCAAAGGCAUUUAAGAACCUUUCAGCCUUGUUAGAAGAAGGAAUGAAAGCUGUGUACGUUGAUGUCAGAGAUGUAAAUGUUGUGGGUUUCAGGUAAGUUCGUGUUUAGUAGAAUGAAGAAAGACUUAGGUGUCCUUCUCGCUUGCUUUUUUGCAUGGAAACAAGUCCAUUUGUUUGCAAAUAACCGCAUAAACAUAGUAACCCUUUAGGGUACUUCUCAGUUUGUCCCCGACGUCACGACUCAAUUUUAAAGAUCCAUUGGCCUUUGAGAACUAUCUCACUAUCUCAGAUUGUGUCUAAUCUAUUCUACCUUUUGACUCCAGGGAAGGAGGUGUCGUUGCAGAAUUCCUCCUUGACAUUGUGAGGGGAACAUCUACUGACUUUGAAGGCAUGCUUCAAAGCGCCAUAAACAAUAAGCAGUUUGGAAAUGCUGUGGUUGAGUCAUUUAGUGAAGUGAAAGGUUUGUUUUGGAAAUCAGAGGAGAAACGUCUUCUCAGUCCUCACCUUUGUUUGAUUGUUUUUUUUUUUACGUUUUUAAAUUCUUUUUAGUAUAAAUGCUUACAACUAUAAAAACUGGCAGAACACCGAUGACGCAUAAGUAACGACCCCACUUAAUGUAAUUGCACUUAAUUUUUCAAGGGAAAUGGAAUUAAAGAUAUCAUAAAGGGUUGAGCACUUUCAUUUAUCCAAGAGUACCUUAAAUAAUCAAAUCGGACUGUGCAUUUCCUAACGCAAAAUAAUACUCCUAGUUUGGGAAGUCUUGUUCAAUUAACCAAUGAGACUAGAGCCUCCAGUUUUAUAGCUGGACGAUGGUUAAUAAAGGUUCCGACGACGACCGCUAAGCACGAAGUAAGGGUUAAUUGCUUCCCCCUCCAAACCGGUUGGCAUUUAUAGAAUUGGCAAUUUUCACAAACGAAAGAAUGCAUUUUCCGCUUUUGGCGCAAAGAGUGAUAAGAGUCAUAAUGAUGAUGCCAAUACUUUGUACCCGCUUUUUCUAGCAUGCCCAAAGGAAUUCUUCAACGUGACUUGGAGCGCAACUAUUGAAGGAAAUCAUGCUACCUCAGGUUGUCCCAGAGGAGCUUCAGGUACAAAAGUCGGAUGUUAAAAUUAUUAAUUGAAAGCUGACAAGAAUUAUUAUAUCUCUUUUUAAUGAUGAUCAUGUUCACUUUCAUAUCUUUGUCCACAGUUCUAAGUAUGUUUCAUUUCAUAUAUUUCAAUCGAUAUGUAAUUUUAUCGUGAACUUGGAAAUAUAGGGUAGGUUCCAUUGGGAUGAUCCGGAUCAGGAUCACGGUGAUCCCAGCUAAAUCGGAUCAUAGCUCAUCGGAGGAACCGUCGAAUCCAACCAGGGAUAGAAUUCAUCGGUUCAUUUGCCGUAUCAUGAUCCGAGUGAUCUCAGAUCUCUGAUCCUGAUCCGAAUCUUCCCAAAGGAUCGAUCGCAUCCUUAGUGAAAUAAACUUUAGAGUAAUUCAAUCGUCCUAGCUAAAUUUAGAAAUCACAUAAAAUUUUCUGAUGUUGCCUUGAACCAAUUUUCGGGAAAUGAAUGGAUUGUACGUUGGGGCCAUAAUGUGAACGUUAAAGUGCUAGCUAGUGCUGUUUUUUUUUUUUGGCAGAUCUAUAAUCCCUUUUUUUAAUUUACCAUAGGAACGUCGAGAAGGAAAUGUUUAGAUAAUGGUGUGUGGGACUAUCCUGAUUACAGCCAGUGUACUACUAUAGAGUUCAACCAGUUGAAGGAAAAGGUUUGUAUCUUGACGUAUUCCACCGUUUUAUUUUGUCAUAACUGAUAUAAACGAGCGCCGUUUUCUAACUGAGCGUUAAAUUAACAGUGGCAUGCAAAGCAAUCGAGCCUUUGUGUGGAAGCAAGGCGGGUGGUAACUUUGCUUUGAUACAAAUUGCCGUUUGUAUGUAUAAUACCGGUAGCUGAUUUGUAUUUGAUGAGAUGUGAGGUUUCUAUUAUAACAUGGUCACAUCAGUCUUUCUCCAACUGAAGGCUGGUAUUUGUUUUGAGAAGAAUCAAAUAUUGCAUUCAAAUAGCUGAUAUGAUACUAUAAUUGAAACCUACGGAUACUUUAGCGUUGAGAUUUGAUUUUCCUCAAGGGAAUAACUUCCUACUGUUGCAUAUUGUUUCUACUAUAGUUUGAAAACUUGCUUAACUCGUCCAGACCCUCGAAAAACCAAGUCACCGUGAUUAUCACUGAGCUGUCGACACUAACUAAACCACAGAGAUAUGACGCCGUGAUGGCUGGAAAUAUUAAAGCAUCAACAGAGAUACUAAGAGAAGUUGUAGAGUACAACAGGAAGUUUUCUGCCAGUCUUGAAACUGAGGUAGCAAAUAUAGAGGUCAGUGCUCUUUAUAAAAUUAUCUAUUACUAUUGUAUCCUGUGAUGCAGGUAAAUGUUCAAUCAGAACUACAUUAGAGAUGAUAAGCAUAGUGCAAGGGGAAAAGACUCAAAAACGGUGGCCAAAUACGGAUGGGAUUGCAUGGGCGAAAGGGAAGGUGCAUCAGAGGACAUCAAAAUUACUUCAUGUGACUGAAGUCUGGACUGAGCAAAGGGUAGUUAAGCGUUGAUAGAGUACACUUUUAUAAUCUUUAUUAUCUAUUUAAAACAUGUGCUAUCAGGCGCUCUGUGGAUAAUAAAGAUCCUCUUUCUUGCUCUAUAAAUUUAAUUGCUGCUCAUUCGCCAUUUUUGCGUCGCCCAUAAUCCACUUUGUUUGUCGCCCAAAGUUUUGCAUGACCUUUAUUUUCAAUUACUUUCUCCUGGAUGUCAGUUGCCGAAAAAUUAAAUUGAAGACAAAAUUUGUGCUUAUGCAAGACUUUGCAGAUGCUCAUCCAAGAUGUAUUUUGGGCAAUGCGGAAGUGGCGAAAGUUACUAAAUGAGUAAAACUGUUUUACUACCUUCAUGGGCUAAAAAAGGACAACCCUUUGUGACCUUAACUAUAAAGAUUUCCUCAAACUUUGUUUUUAAAGUUAUCAACUUUAUUUUUGAUUUUUUCCUAGGGAUUUCUCCAGACUGCCAGCAACCUUCUCCACUUGAACAAUUUAAGAGAUUUCAAUCAAUUACAGAAGGUAUGCAUGCACAUUGUUUACCAAACUACUCUGUGAUAUUAGACGGUGGUAAAAUUAAACUAACAAUCUAAUUAAUCAAUUACCGGUUUUUUGUCUUUCUACUUUGACAUCAAUUUGUUACGUUUUGUAUAAUGUUCAGUCCUUCAGUGCAAAUAUUUGUGUUUGUCCUUGUUACCUUUCAACAGAGUGAUAGGACAACAACUGAUUUAACCAAAAUAUUAGAGGAGUAUGGCCUCCAGGCAGCUGCUGGACAGAAUAACGUGAACUUGGUGCAAUCUGUGGUAAAGGACAACCUAGGUAACUAGAGUGUUCCCUUCGAGCAAUGUCACUUUAUCAGAUCCUUCCCCUUCCCCCUCCCGCACUCAUUCAUUCAACCUUUUCAUCUCGGCUGGGACGUAAGGCCCCAAUCAAACGUCUCCACUUUACCCUGUCCUGAUCUUUGGUCUUUGCCUCGCCCGAUUUCAGACCAAACUCCUCCAGCUCUUUCGUCACUAUUGUCCACCAGGUCAUAGUAUAAUGGGCAGGUUUCAAACGGUUGAAAAUAAACUGAACUGAACUCAAGAACCUUCAUUAACCUUCAUGAACCUUCAUUAAGACCACUUUUUCAUAACUUUUUAUUUUCUGCCAUGUAGCAAUGGAGACACUACUUGUUACAUCUGAUGCUCAAGAACCAGUCACCUUUCCUAGUUAUUCAGAUGGUCCUCUGUCAUCACCAAACUGGACAAACUGUGGUAAACAAUACAUUACCUUACCAGCCAGUCUUUUCAGCGACGAUAGCAGCUUAUCAACCAACGGUAAGUACAACACAAUUCCAGAAGCGCAACAUGGCAACGCAGUCGAACCACAGUCCAGCUCACGAAAGUUGUCAAUGUAAACGUUUAACGUCCUUGUUCUACAUUGUGUGUUGUAUUCUGGCAAUCGCGACAUUUGGCUUCAAAAUUUUGUUAUUAGGGGGUUUCCUCUUUUCUUAAAGUGGAAAUACAAUAGAUGUUAUAAUUUUGUUUUGUAGGAACAAAAGUAGCAAGCUUUCUCUUCAGAACGUUAACUUCUUUCUUGAAUCAGGACAGGUACGGUAGAUAAAAAUAAUAUUCAAGGCAAUUUUUUCAUUAUAUAGUAUUUGUGUCAAUAUUCUUCAAUUUCGUUUCAAAGGUCUUCUUAGUGAAGAUUCUGGCUCCUUGUCAGUCUUUCAUUGUCAGUAUCUCAGUUACACAAUAACCACUUGCUCCGCUUCUUAACAUUUUUCGCUUGCACGGUCUCACUCUUCAGGUUUUGCAGGCCUAAUACUCGAAGGUGGAAUCCUGGAGAGAAACACUUACAACGCACGGCCGAUACAAUUUUCCUUUUCGUAAAACGGCUACUAUUUCAAUUCUAAGACAAUUCGAAACUUUUUGUCCUGUCGUUAAAAAUGUUUCUAAUCUCUCUCUCUUACCACUACACUACUAUAGUCAAAACUCUGGAUAAUAAACUGUCUUUCAUAACUGAUACCUCUAAAACUGUUAACCCCAGCCCUUUCCAUACCCUUUAACGUAAAUUCAAUUUGGUCUGAGACGUCAUUCUCUCUAAGACUAUUUAAAAUGUAUCAUUUGUCUUAUUGGGACUUUAAUCCAGGGAAUAUAUUACAUCUAUCUUGACUAAAAGUUUGGUUACCAGUUUUGGCAUCGAUCGUUAAAAAUGGCAACGACCGUUUACGAAAGGGAAAUAAGCAGCCCCGAUCACUUGAAGUUUAGGCAAAAAUGUGUGUCCAGGUUUAGCGUAUUAACAAUGCUUAUGUACGAGUAGUGUCUUUUCACAUUUUAGUGCAUAUGAAAAAGUUGGCCAGCAGUUCCAAGUAGAGUCUCGCAUCAUAGCCAGUUCAGUAAAGCCACCUCCAGGAAAAUUAGUUGAUCCUGUGGUGAUUGUAUUCGGCGGUGUUCAGGUAAUUGGUUAUAGAUCUGUUGCAGAACGUAAGAUAAGAAGUUUUUUUCCUUUUUUUAGGUGCGCUGCAGCUAUGUAUCCCGAACGAAAAGUUAAGCUUAUCUUUUCAACUUCUGCUGGAAAAGAAAAAGAGGAAAAAAGAAUUCUUGAAGUUUUGCUAGGGCCACUGUACCUGCUCAAGUUCUACUCACGUCUCUACUCACCUUGAGCGAUAUACAUGUGUGUAGUAGAGAUCUUUAUAAAUAAGUCAAAAAGGUUAUUAUGGUCAGAUAUUCCUCCCUGUUACUAUGACAGUAUGUUCUUUAUCUGAAGGAGCCUGUUCUCCUCCCCUCCCCCUAGGACGUUUUUUAAAAAUUUACAACUCGGGCUUAAAAGGAAAAAAUGGCUGGCUACGUCCCUACAAUAUUCUGUAACUCUCUGAGCGAAGAAACCAUGUAACGAUGUGGUAAAGUAUACUUGCCCGGAACGUUUUGUACUUUUAAACAAACAUUGUGCAUUUUACUUGCAGGAUUCUGCUAAAUCUGUUAUCUGUGUAUACUGGGAUUAUGACCUGUAAGUAACUAAAGAGUAGGGCUACAGAUGUAGUAUCUGAUAUUUGUGUAUAACAGCACUUGAUGUAUUCUGAAGCAUGGACCUAGCUGUUUCGUAGCUUUGAUUGGAAAGGAUUAGGUUUAAUGUUAGCUUAUUAGUCUAGUUUUUAGACCUUACGUAAGAAAAGGGAAAAAAGACUCCUAAUGAAAGGGACUGCUUUCCCGAAGGGGAGUCAAGGAAUUUGACAAUCUCACGAAAGCUUCCCAGCUGGGAUGUUAGUAAACUUCAGGCCGGAUGGUAGUCAACUUUCUGUUGGUUAGGGACACUCGGCAAUUCCCCGAAAAAGGGUUGCUUCCAUAACAACGAGAAAUAAUAUUAAUGCAUAAGCGGCCCUUGCAAGUCGGUAAGCAACAAGUUCACUCUUAGUGGCAUCUUAAUUUUAGUUCACCUUUUAAUACAUUUAUGUACUGCGAUAGAAACUCACUAGCGUAAAUUUGGGCCUGAUUCAGUAAUGACAAAUUCCAACUUAAAUUAUUAGCCCUGAAAAAGUUCUAUUUGAAUUUCAGUAAUGAGGAAGGUGGCGGCUGGUCCACUGACGGUUGUCAGCUUGCGUCACGUGACAACGGUAGUGUCACGUGCGAGUGUGAUCAUUUGACGAAUUUUGCGGUUUUGACGGACACGACCGGCAUAUCCUCUGUAAGUGAAACUUUUUUGUUGACGUGUUACUUCGUGUCACACAAUAAACAACCAGGAUAACCGAGCUUCAUGCUACAACUAUAGUUUAUUUUUGCCCAGUCCAAUGUAUCGUGAACUUUCUGAAAGAUAUUUGAUGCAUCCAGUAAACAUGUCUGCUACUAGUUUUUUACAACACUUUAUUACAGAUUUACAUACAAAGGAAAAAAGGUAUAAAAGUUUCAAAAAUUGUCAUUACAGAGAAAAACAAUAAGAAACAAUAAACAAAGCAAAAGGCUUAACAGGAAGGUGGGGCCGGGGGGGACGGUAAAUAAAUAUUGGCCCAUAAUAAUUCAGCCCUUUGCCGUAAUGCCAGCUCUGCAUUCAGUUUUGUUUUACAGAUUAGUUAGUUAUCUGCUAGCAUGGAUAAUAGAAAGACCAGUCUUUCUAUUAUCCAUGCUGCUAGCAGACAGUUAGUGACUUAUCUGUAGGUUUUGCGCGCAUUUCAUGACUUCCAUGGACCUUGAUUAUUCCGGGUUUUAUAAGAACUUCAUCCAAUAAUAAUUAUUAGGAUUUUGUUGAGCCAAUGUAAUGCGCAGAUGAAAAUUUCUUUCCCUGGAUUGAUAUUUGCGCAAGAAACAUAAAUAAAUAUUAUUAUAUUAUCGUUAUUAUAUUAUUGAUAUAAGAAGUUACUAAUAGCAUAUUUGUAUUUUAAGGAUCAUCAGUCAGAACACAGUGAACCGCUGCGUUAUAUCACGUUAGUUGGAUGUUGCCUCUCUCUACUGGGACUUGUCAUAACACUCAUUCUUCACAUUGUUUUGUGGAGGUUUGUUAUCCCAUGCCAUAAAAUUUGCAUGAGUUCUUAAAGUUGUCAAAUUACAAUAAUUAAAUCUAAUAAUUUGCUUUCUGCUCUUUAUUGAGGAUUUUGAAGUCACCCAAGACAGUAAUUCACGUCAACCUAUGUAUUGCUCUUCUUAUUGCUAAUAUCCUUUUGCUGGUUGGUUAUGUUGCCACAGAAUACAAGGUACUGGUGACUAGCUUAUCCAUUUAAUUAAUUAUAAACUUUUUAAUAUACAACUAUUGCAAUGUGAAAAAGGAGGGGCAAUGAUCGUACGUUCUUUUCUUUUUGUAGAUGUCAGCUAGACACUGAGUCAGUAGUAUUAUCGUAGAUAUUUGUUUUAAAUUGCCGAGAUAUAAUAGACUUCAGCGCCGCCUUCUAGCUUUAAUUCCACACGAAUCCUUUUUUUUCACAGACAGACAAACAUCCAAGAGAUUCUUAAAUUCUUUUAUAACCUGUUUCUUUUAAGAUGAUGUGGGAACUGACUUGUCACAACAGUUAUUUUUUUCUUUUCGUUAUAUAAAUUUUUCGUCCUUUUUACAAUUUAGAUCCUUUGCACCAUCGUGUCUGUUUUGCUUCACUUCUUCUUCCUGGGCGCCAUAUUUUGGAUGCUGGCUGAAGGAUUACAGAUUUAUUUCUCAAUUGUUAAAGUUUUCGCAGGGGGUGGAAAGCUAAAAUAUUUCUAUAUCCUGGGAUGGGGUAAGUGUCGACUGUUUACUCACCUGAUUUGCUUUUAUUAUUAUUCAAAACUGUCUCUGAAGGCUAAUGAACUCGUUAACUACUUAAUUUCUAAUACUUACUUACAAGAAUACGAAGUGUCUAGAUUUGGGGCGAGACUUGAUCAAGUUACUUCGAAAUUGAAAUCAGUGUCCCUUAGUGCUGUAACUUUGCACUUGUAGAAUCCUGGGUUUAAGCUUUGAGAACACAACUCGACUCAACUUACAGUAAAUAUGUGUAGCUCCGAAAACAAAUUUGGCGCCUCCUUUCCGAAAACCACCUGCAGGCGCGGCUGCAUAUGCAUAAGAUAGAUAUCGCGUGAAAAUGAUGUUCAUACAUUACAGCACUGUUCAGAUUCCUUAGGGAUCGUGAGAAUCCCAUUUAACCAGCCUAAAAGACCUCUUUAGCUUGUUUGUUUUGCUUUUAUUGGGAAAACAAAAUAAACAAGCUAAAAAGUUCUAUUCUUUACAGUUACACACAAACAUACAUACAAACUUUAUUUAACUGUCAAAAUCUUCUAGCAUGCCUAUGGAGGCCCACUAAUUGGUGACACUUAAAAAUAGUCAUUUUGGUUGCUUUUCGAUUGUACAUGUUACUCUGUUAUCUUGUAGGUUUACCCCUGGGUAUUGUAGUUUCUUGUCUGGGAAUCACACAAACCGUUGGUUAUGGAGCUGAUCAAACGUAAGUGAUCUGGACUUUAGGCACUUUUGACCCAGAGUUUGGACGGUUAAAGUGUAGAUUAUUGACGGUAUAACCUCUUAAGACCAUCACACAGUUUUUCUGUUACCGUUCUCAAAUUUUUUCCGGCUAUUUUUUAAGUACCGUUAUUUUUAAACGUAUCCGCCGUUGUGUUUUAGAUGUUGGAUAUCUGUAUCAUCUGGCCUUAUUUGGACAUUUAUAGGCCCAGCCCUCACAGUUGUGUUGGUAGGUUUGUCCGCUUUGUCUUUGUUGAAAUUCUUGAAAUAAAAUGCAGAUAUUUGGAAAGGGGUUGGGGGAGGAGUUAAACGGGCUAUCUUUUAUCAUUGAUGAGUCUCUGAAUUGCUCAGUUAAGUAUAAAAUAUGUCUUCAGUUUUGCAAGGAGAUAACCGCAGCAGGAUCAGCUCAGUUAGAGCGCUUGACUGAAGAGCGGGAAGGUCACGGGUUCGCUUCCCGGGGUCGGACCAAUGCUAAGGGUCUUAAAAGAACUGAGAAAUGAAGAGACGUGCUGCCUUUUCCCUCCAAAAGUCUUUACACCUUUGCGUGGCUUGGAUGAUCACGUUAAAUGGGGUCCAGUCUCCAUGAGAUACCUAAACAUGGUGUCCUCAAUUAGUACUUUCAUGCUAAAUUCAUUGACUCUCAGAUAAAGUGCAUUUUUUAAGGUCAGUUAAUAACUUAUUUCAUAAAGUUGUUAAGGUCAACAAAUUCGCCUUCAAACUGAACAGGUUCUUCGCCUUGUGUACCCAGUUGAGCGUGGUCAAGAGGGUAUCCUCCUUUUCUGGGCUCUACUAAUUAUCACAAGUGUUGUAACUAACAUUUCAUAUUUAUGGCAGAUUAAUGGUAUCAUAUUUGUUCUGGUUUUACGCGCUAUGUUGACAAGUCACAAGAUGAUGGGAGCUUCGGACAGAAACAAAAUUAAGUAAGAUGGUCUUUGGAUUUUUUUCUCUACCUGAAGCUGGUAGAUAUGAAUUAACUGUCGACUUUCAGGUGCCAUGAAUGCGAUGUGGAAUAACGUGGAGUUCGACCUUUCGAAUUGACUCGUCUACGCCCUGAAAACACAAAAAGCUAAAAAAGAACUCUGACACGUGCUUUCUGUCGUGACUUAUGAUUUGCAUGGCACGGCGUGUAACUAAAUACCAACGUGCUAUUCUUGUCAAAUCAUAAUUUUUUAAACUUUUUUUUCUCUUUAUUUUCUUGGGAGGCAGACAGAUGUAUUUGAAUAGCUGUUUUUAUAUGACUCAGAUAAUUUUUAACAAAUACUAUUCAUUGAACGACCAAUUGGAAUAUUGCAUUUAGACUUAUAGUUUGUCUAUAUAAAUGUCUCAAUUGUGGCUGAGUUUUUAUUUUUGUGUGUUAACGGUACGGACACAGGGAUACUAACAUUCAAGCACUGCUCCUCAACUUCCAAGGGCACCCAACGUCAAUUUUCGGAAAAUAUCUGUUCGGAAGACGAUUCUGAGAUCUAGAAUUUUCGAAACAUUUUUUGUAAAAUUUCUUGCUUGCCUGCCUCUCCUAGGAUUUUCGAACAUAUAAAAAAUGGUAUAAUUGCCCAGUUUUUAACGGAUUUUUACCCUAAAAAGGUCACCUAGAAUUUUCGGGAGCCUUUUUUCUGGCUGAAAUUUUCGAAAAGGUAGGUUUUGUUCCCUAUAAUUUUCGGAUCACUGAACUUUCAGCUAGGAGAUCCGAACAGAUGAAAAAUUUUUAGGGGAUAAGAAUAUGCCUAUAUCUACCGUAUAAAUAGUAAAAUACGUUUAACAAUGCUAUGUUUAAAUGGUUUUGAACCUUAUUCUCGUUUGGUGCCCCUGAACUUCGCCUUAUUUGUGUCGCUUUGUUUGUUUAUUUAGACUUGGAAUCAAGAGUACUGUUGUUCUUCUACCUUUACUUGGUAUCACAUGGUUGUUUGGAGUUCUGGCAUUUGAUAAAAACACAGUGGUUUUCCUUUAUUUGUUUGCAAUUUUCAACUCUCUUCAGGUUUGUACUGUUUAGAUUAUGUUGAGAUCGGAUUGCGCGUAAUAAACUGCUAAACCUAAUAUUAUUUGCUGUUUCCUUGCAGGGAUUCUUUAUAUUUAUUUUCCACUGCGUGUUAGAUCAACAGGUUUGUUACAUACUUGUUCGCUAUUUUUUUACCAAAGCUAGUUCUUAUGACAGUCUUCAUCAACGAUAAAUUGAAGUAAGUUUCAUGAUUUCAAACCCUUAAUCCUAUCUUACUAUUGUUUACUGUUUGUGCUUUUACUACGAAGUCAGGGUUGCAGCCGAGUUUUCAGUAGAUUUGAGGUCAAUUGAGACUUGGAAUUACUGGCAUAGCAACUUUCUUAUCCACGUUUAUUCGGCAAGAAAGUAAUUAAAUCUCAGUUACAGCCUCUGUUUUUAUGGCGCCCAUAAUUCAAUUGUUUUUAAAGACAGAAAUUGUCGCGUAAAGUACAACAACACAACAACGACGACUAUACAUUUGGGGCUUGAUAAAGAGAAUGUGUUUAAACAAAAUCUAAACUUCAACAAGUCAAGACCAUCUGUAACAGCACUCAAUCCCUUUCAUUCCAUUCCCCUCCGACCCCUGAUAAAUUAGAUAGGUACUGCAUUUCCCGAAGCUAGUUUACUGGGCCCAAAUAAAGAACUUACAAACAACAUAGAGUUAGCCGCUUUUAUUAAAAUGACAAUAACAUUCUUUUCAUUUGUGUUAUCUAAUAUUUAAGAGAGUUUUGUUCGCCUAGUAAAGGUGAGGGCAACCAAAAACGCCAACCCAAGGCGGGGGGAGGGGCGGGUAAAAAUUGACCUUUUAGCAGCGAGUAGCCGGAGCGAAUGACAGUACGCAAUAGGCCAUUUGCACGAUGGCGUCAUUACUACGACUAGAGCCCUUUUCGUUUUUCCUUUCAUAUUUAAAUUUUGUAAUCCCAGUGUGGUUUAAAGAACAAAAAACCUAAUUUACACAAGAAAGCAAAACCCUGAAGGAUUCUUGUCGUAGUAGUAAAAUGAUCUCAUAGUAGAAAUGGCCUAUUGAAGCAUCGACUCCACGUGCGACUAAUCUGUAGAGGGGGGAAGCAAUUGGUCAAGUCGCACAAUACCCCGAUCAAUUGCACGGAUAAUGUCUCGCAAUAAUAAUCGAGUUACUAUAAGCGGAGGGGAAAAGCAUAAAAAUCCUAUUCGCAAGAAAAUAUUCCAUUUAUGUUUAUUAACCCUCAAUUCUCAGUAUCCAACGGCUAGCGAUGCUCGAAGGUCAAUGAAAAAGAGAAAUAGGUGCCUAUGGUGAUUCAACAAACCAUCAGUGCUUCCGGCUUAAUAUUCAGUAGACAGAAAAAAGUGAUGGGCAUAACGAAAAUGAAAAAAAAAAAAAAAGGAACAGUUUUUGUGUAGCCAAUCAUAAUAUUAUCUUCACAAUCAUAUUGUGUUUUAGGUUCGAGUAGCGAUAGACACGUGGCGAAAUAAACGAGAGCGAACAAGCUAUGCUUCAGGAGCCGAUUCAACUAACAAGGUUAUUCUUAUUGAUGUUUAAUGAGUGUUGGGAAAUCAGUUUACAAGACUUUAUUUUUGCAUCCUUAAUUUCUCUAAGUAAAAUCAUUUUGUUGAAGAGGAAAUAUCGAACAUUCGACACAGUAUUUUAUCACAAGAUUAAACACCCCGAAGUUCAUCUUAAAUACUCCGCUUUUUUCAACUCUAGUCUCAGUGUUUCAUCUUGUGAUGAAACGCUUUCUUACAUUUGUGAAAUUACUUAAAAUUGGAAGCAGACCUGUUGUAAUUCAAAGAAAGGACUUUCGCCCACAUUGUUCACAGGUUUAAUUUACUAUAGAUGGUUGACAUUAACGAUUGUCAUUCUUUUGCUAGAACUAACAAAAAAAUUAAGCCUUGGGGUAAAAGCAGUGAGAAAGGGUGAUCUUUCAUUCGAUUGAAGAAUUGAACAGCGAUAAUAACAAUGAAAACAUGAUUUCAUGAAAUCAGAACUAACUACACCAAUUCAUCAGAUAAAUUAAAAAAAUUAGUCAAGGAGAACAUCUAGCUAACUAGCUUGAGGGUAUGUAUUUUGGAUUAACAAACUGACUCAUUUUAUUUUUUUUACGCCAAAUAUGACUGCUUAUUCUAGAGCAAUCGAAUGACAAACGGUCUUCCUACCAAGAUAUUACCAACAAUUGGAGUUAAGAUGUCCAACUUGUCAGAGAGUAGACCUUGUGGAAAUAGAGAGGUCAGUGUUAGCCUGUGCUAUCAUAAUAUGCGGAGUCAUUUUAGAACUGUGUAUACAUGUAUCAAGCUAGAAUUUGGAGAACGUUAUCGCCAAAUAGACCUCUUCCGUCUGCAACGUUGCCAUUAUAAAAACAAAGGGUGUAACGUUGCCUUUUUCUCCUCUACUCCUUUCCCUUACUCCUUGCUCUUACUAUUUUUCUUUCUUUUUCCUUCGUGAGUGUGAUUUUAAGCCUUCAGGAAGCAAAAAAAGGCAUUUUGGCUCUUUUCCACUAAAACGGGUGCAAAUUUCGUUAGGUUCGUUAGUAGUAUAGUAGGUACCGAAUUUACCCUUUUUCAAGUAGAAUCUCUGUAGUAUGGUAGUGGUGGUGGCGGUGGCGGAGGGAAAAUAAAAAAAAAUGAGAAAAAUGCUUUAAAAGGUAUUUUGCCUUUGCCCUCAUAAAUAAGCCGAUUUCCGCGCCAAGAAUCAGUAAAACGGAAUCUGGACUGUAAAUUGUCUGCAAUGGACAAUGAAAACGGAAGGAAAAAUAACUUGCCCAAUUAUCUUUAAUAAGAUUCUUUAGUAUUUUAUUCAUGACGUAAAGAAAAAAGGGCUAUUACGACAUUAAUUUAUCGCACUUCGAACUAAUCUCUUGAUGAAUGUAGAGCUCUUUCGGCCAGCUGGGAUUCUUAACCUUUUGGGCUACAAUGAAAACUACUAACCUCUUUAAAGUCAAAACCGGGUCUGGAAUUUAACCAUUUGGGUCUAAAAUAGGGUACAAGUUCAUGAUCCCCGCGGAACCGGGAACCCGAAAAGUUCUUUCUUCGGUCUCUUAGCCUUCCUUUUGAAGGUAAAUCAGUGAACCUUUCCAAAAGUAGUAAUUUGGGCUAAUGAACGUCCAAAACAUUGAAUUUUGAAUUUCCCAAAACGUAGGGGUUCUUGUCUUAGAUGGAGUAGGAAAGAUCAGAUAUUUCGGUUUAAAAUAGGGUAAGGGUUACGGGAAUCUUGCUGAGCCGCCUCACCUUAGUUUUUUCAUGAGUAACCCGGAUACAGUAAAAAGUGGUGAUCAGCAAAAACUUUGUUGUUGUAAUACUGACAUUUGUUAAUUGUCUGUUGUAGGUCUCAUCUACCUGGAUGAAAAACGAGACAAACAGGGCUUAUAUAAUACAAUCACGAAAGUUUAAAGAACCCAAAAAGAAGUAGUCAAGUAGCAGAAAAUCUACAUGUGUUUUAUUUAGUAUCGAC